AAACAUGGUGAGUCAUUGUCUAACAAGGGGAAUUUCUGGGAAGCUGACAAUGGAUUUAAUGCGCACCACGUUGAAUAUAUUAAGUUAAUUCUCUUCGUAGGUUGAACAGUUAUAAGCGGGAGCCUGGUUAUUAUAUACCCAUACAGAAUGUCAAGUGUCAGCGGCGGGCUGUUCGGCUACAUUGUACUGGUCUACACGAUCGCAGUUGCGACUACUCUGGCAGAGUCAGCACAGUGUGAUGCUCCUCUUGGUUUUGCAAAUGGUCAGAUCACGGACGAGCAAUUCUCUGCUUCAUCAUCUUUAAAUGCCCUCUUCAAAGCAAUUGCAGCAAUACUUAACGUUGGGGAGGAAUGGGUAGUUCAACAGCCUAAUGGCACAGACAACCUGCAGGUUGACUUGCUAACUCAGCAUUGGGUAACCCGAUACUCAGUCCAGGUCAGCAAGCAUGUCUUAUUCCCUGGAACAAUGUUGCUGUUCUACAGCCAGGAUAGUCUUGUCUGGGAGAGAUAUGUCACCAGCAAUGGGACACAGACUCUGGCAGGGCCUCCAGAUUACAGGACUGUUGUCACAUUCGACUUAAACCCAGCUGUGCAGGCCAGGUACCUAGCAUUUGUACCUCAACGCAAGAGGUAUGCAGGAUUUCGCCUGGAGUUGUUUGGGUGUGAGGCAGAGCAACAAAUCCCCGUCAGGCAUACAGACGUCACUCAGGACAUACAGGGAAGUCAUGAGUGGUUACCCAGCCUGAGUCCAUAUGUCAUUAACACUGUCAUCAAGAUUCGUCAAGCAGCACAUGUGAAAAUACAGCCGGGGGUCAAGGUUAUAUUUAAUUCUUCACACGCAGGAUUCAUUGUUCUUGGUACAUUGGAGGCCAGAGGUCUCAGUGGAUUGCCUGUGGUUUUCACAGCUUCAACUACGUUCACAAACCGGACAAACAUGUGGGCAGGUAUUGAAGUUGUCAGUCAAGGGAAUAUGUUCUUGGAAUUCAGCCACAUAUAUGGAGCAGCUGUAGGCAUCAAAGGACCUCUUGGAGCUAUUACUUUAAGACACUGCAAUAUCCACCACAACGACAGAGGAAUAGUUUUUCUUGCGGGGGAUUCAGUCCAAGACAGAGUUAAAAUCUCAGGAACAAUUAUAUCAGACAAUACUCGAGAGGGUAUAUACGGAAGCGAUUGGCAGGAAGGAAGUAAUUACAUUGCUAUGGAAGACAGUGAUAUCCUUUAUAAUGGACAGAGUGGUGUGGCAUUUGCAAAUGAGGUUGUGCUAAUUGCCAAUAAUUGUAGAUUCUCUCAUAAUAAAGCUCAUGGAAUAUAUCAUUAUUAUUAUGGAGGCAUUGGCACGAGCAUAAAGAAGUGUAUGUUUGAGAACAAUGGGUACAGCGGAUUUAGUUUAAGUACUGCCAAGUCUGUCACAAAACUUAUCUCAUUAAGUGAAACUCAAUUCAAGGAGGAACAAGAAUCGGGCCUAAAACUCAUGAAAUACGAAACGGUCUCUUUUAUGCAAAUUUCCAUAACAAACUCUCACUUCAUCAACAACAGCCGGCAUGGUGUUCACAUUCAAGGAGAAUUCUCAAGCACCCGACCUGAAAUACUGCUUAGGAAUAACACCAUGGAGGGUAGCCAAACCACUUCCUACCAACUGGUGUAUAUUCAAACUGGAUAUUCUAAAUACGGAAAUAUUCUUAUGACUGAAAACUCGUUUCUGAUACAAAAAGGCAUCGGCAUACAGGGCUUAAAUGAUGUAGUGUAUACUAUUUCAAAUAACAUAUUUAUUGGCAUCAAACGCGACACCGGAAUACUUGUAGAGGCAGAUUACACAGUCAUAUUUGGUAACAUCUUCACCAACUGUUCCACAACGUCAGUGAUUCACACAAAGAAUGUCGGAGUCCAAAUCCACAACAAUGUCUUCCUGAAUCCCCAGGCACUGUACGAUGUGUUUGUUGAUGUGGACUAUUCUGCAAACCAGAGGCUGAAUGCAAGCCACAACUUUUGGGGAAGUAGUGACAAGUUCUUUGUUCGGUCCAGAAUAUGUGACUUUUUCUGUGAUGUCACAAAAAUGAUGUCUGAAGUGGAUCCAUACUUUGUCUCAGACUUGCUUACUGACAUGACAUCACAACCAGACUCUGACAUAUUUACUUCCGACAACCACAAUACGAUCGGGGGAUUGUUGCAGGACUCGGUCACUCUUCAACCAAACCAAGUGUUGUAUGUGAACAGAAGUCUGUACAUACCAGAAGGGAUUGAGCUUACAAUAAGCAAGAACAAUACAUUGGUGUUUCCAAACAAGCAAGGGAUUUUUGUGAGAGGAAUAUUAACAAUACACGGCGAGCCAGAUGCCAAGGUAGAACUCAGGAGCGAUGGUUACCCUAGCACUCAACGAUGGGGAGGCAUAUUGUUCAAUGCUACGGGAUCAUCACUGCAUCACACCAUUUUGAAGCACGCGAAAACAGGAAUGAGUUUGACCAACAAUGUUUCUGGUGAAAUAAGAGUUUCUGAUACCCUCAUUACACAAUGCAAAACAGCCAUAAGUGGACAACUGUGGUCUAAUGUUUUGGUGUCUCUUGAAAGAGUACAAAUAACUCAAACGAACAAGUUCAUAGUUUUGGACAUGCUUAGUUCACACACAGCGUCAUUGAAGAUCAGCGAGAGUGAAAUUGAAAGUGACUUUGGAACACGUCUUCAAUCGAAUGACAAUGCUGGCCACUUUCAUGUACAAAUUCACUCUUCAAAUCUGUACUUCGGAUUUGAAGGAUUUGUAAUGCAGUCAUGUAAUGCAAAUAUCACCAUGAGUGCAUAUGAUUCUGUUAUCGAAAGUGGAUAUAAUUCUGCUAGUUUCGUCAUUGAUGGGAGAGUAAUGAACAUCACAUUCAGAAGAAUGUCAGUGAUUGGAAACAGAGCAGUCACAUCAUUCAGAACAUGUUUCGACCAUCGUCCAAAUCUUGCACCAGGAGUCAUAGAUAUUCAAGAUUCUCUCUUUGAUGUAGGGACUGUACUUGCAAUGGACUUCAGAGGAGCAUACUAUCAAUACAAUAUACCACAUGAUGUCAUACUUAUCAAUAACACUAUCCGUAUGCAAAAUCAGUAUGAUGGUGUUAACGUUUUUGUCUGGAGAAACAGUCGCCCAUGGCAUUUACAGAUACACGCCAACAUAUUUGAAAAUUGUGGAAUAAGAAUGGAAGGAAGCAUUUUGAAUUCAUCAAUAGAUGGUAACACUUUUGUGAAUGGAAAGUCCCCGUUGGACAUUAAUCUUCAGACGCCAAAUGAUGGUAGCACAAGGAUUAGUGCAAAUCUUUUUCAAGGUGGCCUUAUAACACUGAAAUCUGAAAGGGACAGAGAAAGGUUUUAUGUAAUAGAGAACACCUUCAACUCGAGUACAAUCAUUCUAAAGAGCCCCAAUGUAACUUUGAAUGAGAACACUUUCCAUGCUGAUCAAGAGUUUAAUAUCAAAUUUGAAGGGGAUGGUUAUGCAGACAGAGAAAUCAACUCUACAUACAACUAUUGGGGUACCACAGAUGCCAAGGAUAUAGCACGGCGAGUAUUCGAUUCAUCAUAUGACACUUCUCUUCCUACAAUCAAACUUGUACCUUUCUAUGGUUUCCCCAACUUGACCAAUACCCAGUCCCCUGUUCAUAGUUUUAUUUCUGCUGUUGGCACAAUUGGUGGUAGCAUUGGUGGGACUGUUACCCUUGCACCUGAAGACAGCCCAUACACAGUGGCUGACAAUAUCAUGGUCGGAAAGCUGGAGACACUCAUAGUUGAGGCCGGAGUGACUUUGCAGUUUCAGAAGGGAGUUGGAAUGCUUGUGGAAGGUACACUCAUUGUCCACGGCAAUGCGAGUCAUCCUGUGAGGGCCAUGCCAGUUACUCCUGGGAUGAAAUGGACUGGAGUAAGACUACAAGGAAAUAAUUACCGUUUGCUUCCCAUUGAUGACACAAGUGUCCGACUCGUCGGGGGGAUGAAUGAGAAUGAGGGACGUCUUGAAGUCAAGAUUAAUGGAACAUGGGGGACUGUCUGUGAUGAUGGUUUUGACAGAGAUGCUGCAAAAGUUGUGUGCCGAAUACUUGGAUAUGACUAUACAAUAUCAUCUGACGUUUCUUCUGGCCAUAUGGACUUUGGUCAAGGUUCGGGUCCCAUACACAUUUGCAACCUUAGAUGUGCAGGCACUGGUGACACCCUGCUAGAAUGUGAAGGACCAACGUUUACUUGUAACCACACACAGGAUGUGGCGUUACGAUGCAGUGAGAAACUACUGCCUCUUCAAGAUAUCGGAAGUGAUGUACAGCUUCGUCAUUUCCAAAUGAAUGACACGGAUAUUGGUCUUGAAAUCAACGGAAUAAUUACAGUCAUGGAGGAUGUUGUAUCAUCUUACUCAGGUGGACAUGGUGUCACUUUCAAACUUGGAAUGAGAGGAGUGUGUCAUGUUCAUGUUCAUGGACUGGCAACAAUGCACAACCGUUUGUCAGGGAUCUCAGUUGCCGUGAAUACGGAUGACCAGUUUAGUUUCGCUUCACAAAUCAGAAUAUCUAACUGUGAUGUAAGAUCAAAUGGAGAGUAUGGUGUUUACAUCCAGCAAUAUGUGGACAUUUCCUUGACAUCAUGCAGCUUUUUUAGGAAUACAAAUCAAGCUAUCCACAUGGACAGCGAUGCCUUAAUAAACAUUCUGGGCUCAAAUUUCUCUGGUGGCACCAAUGGUGUGUUUGAAAUUGAUUCAAAAGGAUUGCAAGUAAUCUAAAAAUGACUUUAAG